ACUGCCUAAUUUCAAAUUACUUGUAAAAACUUCAAUUUGUUUUUAAUCGACUUCAGAAAUUUUGUAUUAUUACAGUUACUAUGUUUUUAUUUUAAAAUUGGACUAAAAUAUAUUUAUUAUGGUUAGUGUAAUAACUAAAGGAGAAAAUGGAGCUCCAUUCAGAAAUAGAACUUACUCUCUUCCGAAUAAUUACAUUGGUCAAGGAUAUAACUGUAAUGCAGAUGGAGAUUACGGUAAUCUGUCGUUGGAAUUAAGACCGAACAACGAAUUUAAUCCUAGUGAACGUGAUAUUUACGAAUGGAGAAGCCAAGGACACUGUAACAAUGUUUAUGUCACAAGUAGCUCUGCUACUACUGAGGGAAAUAUUUCUUUGGAAAAUGCUGCUACGAGUACAAUAGACGAAAGACCCAAACCCAUUCGUACUGGACGCAACAUUUUCGGAGAUUAUCGUUACGUAGAUCUUAUAGAGAUGGCGAUAAAUACAUCACCUCAACAACAAUUGACUCUUAAUCAGAUUUACAGUUGGAUACAGGCUAGCAUAAAAGACAUAAAUGAAAGAACCAACGGAGAAUCGUCGUGGAAGAAUUCCGUACGUCAUAGUUUGUCUCUUCAAAAACAUUUUAUCAGGAAAAAAUUCAAUGGAACUCAUUAUUGGACAAUCGAUUAUAAUAAAAAACCUAAAGAUUGCGAUAAACGAAGACCCAAUUCUUUGAAUUUACAACAAUUAGAAGAGUUAAGAGAAGGGGACAAACAGUUCUUCAUGGUGCACAAUCAACAAUUACCAUCUAUUCCUUCACAAGAUAUGUUACUGACUGAAUCUUAUGAAGGAGCAGUUUCUUAUUGUAAUGAAAACACCGAAAAACCAUCCAAAAUAGCACACGGUUUUAAAAAAGGAGUGAAAAAAUAUAUGCAAAAAAUCAAACAAGUAAUAACUAAAAAGUCGUCUGAAAAGUAUAAGUUAAUUAGAACACAGUCGUUAAGAGAAAAUAGAAGUUCUUGUGAAUAUGUUCCACCGUCAUACAAUUACACAUGCUUAGAACAUCAAAUGCCUUACCAAAUGAAUUGUGAAAAAAAAUUUGUACCUCAAUAUUUUCCAAAAACAUUUACAAAUGUUGCUUAUUACACCGAACAGCAUCCUCAAUUGUCUAGAUCCAAUUCAGAUACGUCCAAUGAGUUUUAUAAUAAUCAAAGUACUAAUCCUUGUACUAACGUUAACUUUUCAAAUGAAUACACUACAAAUUUUAUUGAUAAUCAUAAUAUAGAAGCACAGAAUAAUUACAUAUCUAAUCAAAUGACGUUUAACCCUCAAUAUAGUAGACCAAGAUCGAAUACUGUGAGCUCUACUUCAUCGGAUUAUAAACAAGAUUGGCAUUAUUUCCAAGAAAGACCCGAAACUGAAUUCGAAAAUCAUGACGGCAUUAUCAGUAAUCGAACAACAGAAAGUGACAAUUUAAACGUAUUAGCAUGUGAGCUUCAAUCAAGUGUUACUUUACAACCUAUAAAUGAGGCAGUUUUGAAAUCAGAAGACAAUGGUUAUUAUAAUCAACAAUGUAAUAGUAUUAGUUCAACACAAAGCUGUCAGUUUCCAGUGUUUAAUGACAAUAAUACCAUUGACGAUAUCGAUGGAAUUGCAAUGAGGGAUUUAUUUGUACCAGUCAAUUCGAGACAAUGAAUAUAACUGAAUAUUUAACGUAAUAAAUACCGAUAUAAAUGGAGAGAUACAUGUUAAAAAUUUAAUAAUUUCAAUAAGAGUAGAAAGUUCAACAUCAUCAACGGAAAAUUUAAGAACCCAAGAAGAUUUUAAUGAAAAAUAUUACGAUAAACAAAAAUUUUAUAGCAAAAUAUUUCUUUAAAAUGUUCGUGUUAGAUUUAAUCGUUUUAGUAUUACGCUAAUGAAGUGUAAUUGUACCCUUUUAAUUUUUUUAAAUAAAAUUUAUUUAUAGCAUAAA